UCAGAUUUUCGGACGGCGACGUCCACUUACUGAUAGACGCUGAUGCAAGGCAAACUGCAGUCACAUUAUUGAUAUUUUUAAUCUAUCGUAAUUAAAAAAAAAGUAAACAUGAAGGUGGUGUUUUUGGUGUUGUGCGCUUUGAGUGUUUACGGGGAGACUCCCGACUACUUUCCGAAAUGUAAGAGAAACGAUCCUCAGAUCGAAAAAUGCAUUCUGGAUGGAGUUGAAGCUAUAAGACCUCAUCUGAAGAAGGGAAUCCCCGAGGUGAACAUUCCCGCAGUGGACCCCUUCAUAGUACCAACACUGAAGCUGGACAGGACAGCCCCCAAUCUGCGGCUGAAGGCUACCAUCAGACAGGCGAAGGCGUAUGGAGGAUCAGCGUUCAAGAUUGAAAAACUUAGGAUAAACCUGAACAACAAGUACGCAGCCGAGCUGAAAGUCACCAUUCCCAAGCUGAUGGUGGUGGCGGACUACGACGUGCACGGCUCCAGGCUGCUCACGCUUGACAUCAACGGAAAAGGCAGGGUUCGGGGCAACUUCACUGGCAUAGCAGUAGUCGCUAAGGGGAUGGCUAAACUGGUGCCAAAGGACAACGUGGAGUACCUCCAAGCUGACAAAGUGGUGGCCAAAGUGAGAAUCAACCACGCGCAGGUGGCGGUCGAGGACUCAGAGCGGCCUGUUGCUGCUACAUCAGCUGCUGCCUUCUUCAACGCAAGCCCAGGCGUGGUGCUGGACAUCCUAAGCCCACUCAUUGAGGAAACCAGCGCAGCCGUAGCGAAAGCUUUCAUCAACAAAAUCCUGGGUUCGAUUCCCAUCAAAGAUGUUUUGCUUGACGACCGUCACGUCCUGAAUCAUAUUUAUACUAAAACUUGGCAAAGAAGCCUUCAUUUGUUAGUAAUUAGUAAAAUGUGGAAAUUAUUAUUUCUGCUCGCUUCAGUGCACGCGGUCUGCGCGGGAGUCGGAAAGAGUUUCAUCAACUUUGGCGGGUUUGUUUGCCCUAGAGAGGACAGAGCCCUUGGUCGGUGUUUACGAGACGCACUCAAUGCCUACAUCCCUAAAUUGGCCACAGGCGUGCCAGAGUACGGUAUCCCUCCCAGUGAGCCGCUGGUAGUGCCGUCUCUGUCUGUCCAACAGUCGUCAGGCCCCAUCUCCGUGUGGUCCUCCUACACCGAUGUCACUGUGCGAGGCCCCUCCACUAUGAGGAUCAAGGACGUCAAAGUAUAUUCGGAUGAGCACAAAGUAGUCGCCAAUAUUUAUAUCCCGGAAUUACGAAUGAAGGGUAAUUAUGAACUGUCAGGAAACUUACUGAUGCUGCCGAUCAAGGGAGAUGGAAAAUUUUCCGCAAAAUACGGAGAUAUAGAUGCAAUCGUGACCAUAAGCUUGGGCAGAGCACGGCGCUUGAAUGACGUGGACGCUCUGUCGUGCGAAGACCUCCACGUGAAGUUCCACCUUGGAUACGCUUCCAUGCAAUUGCAGAAUCUUUUUGGAGGCGAUGACGAACUGGGUAAUACGAUGAAUUCAUUUUUGAACGAGAACUGGCAGAAGUUGGCUGAGGAAUUGAAAGCACCAAUGGAAGAGGCUCUGAGAGACUUCCUGAAGCCUUUGGCAGACCACGCCUUCGCCACUUUGAACGCUGAUGAUAUACUUCAAUAGAGAACAGGCGAUGUAUGGAAAAGACCAUUGAUUUGAUUGACAGAAGAGAAGGCAAGGAAUCUGUCUCUCUAUAGUUUAAUGGAAAUCUAGGGCCAAACACAGGUGAUGAAACGCAACUAUACUGAAACUGCCUGCAACUUCUGGUUACUUUUGAGUCUCAUAAGGUUCUGCUAUAGAACACACCACAUACUAUAGGGUGAGAGGGAAAGGUGUUAAGUUAACUUUUGUGGCAUCACAUCAAAAUAGUUCUAUUGUUUUGCAAAUUUAUUUCUUCUGCUUUUCACCGUCUUGUAAAGAAUCGAUGUAAAUGAUACAAAUUUACAUAAAUCUUUACAGCACAAGAUUUUAGAUUUUUGACGAUCCAAUGAAAUAAUUAAAGAAAUAAGUAUUACUCAUAAAGUGCUUACAGCAGCUUGGUUUUCGACACAAAUGCAUUUGAUGACGCAAAUGAAGUUCAAACUUGAUGUGUAUCAUAUCUAAUUUAUGUGUAGGUAUCGACAUUAAGUAGGUUAAGUAUUUAUUCUUUUUAAAAGCGUUUGUUAAUUAAAUAUUAUGAAAUACAUUAAAAUACGUUUAAAUA